AUGGAGAAGGAGCCACAAGCCUCUUCCCCUAUAAAGGCGAUGCCAAUUCGCCACAUACCACCUCAAAGCAACCUCUUGAGCGAACAAGAGAUGUCAAGCCCUCAAGCACCACCACCUUCAUGGGAUAGUCCUCCAAGACCAUCCUCUUUGAAGACCAAGAAGAAACUUCUUCCUUACCUUGAAGCAGCCGACCUGGAGACGAAUCCUUUCUACAAUUCUACUUCAGAGUGUGCAAAGGAGCAUCUAUGCAACUUUGAGCAGCUUUGCCAUGACUAUGGACUUGGAGACAACCCCAAGAAGAUACAACUUUUCCAACUAUCUCUAGCUGGACAAGCCAAAGACUGGGCUAAGUUCAAUGCCCAACAUGCUUUCAAGACUUGGAAUGGAUACAAAGGAGCUUUCCUCCACAGAUUUGCCAAAGGUCCUAUUUAUGUCCCACCACCACGCCCAAGCUAUUCACAACACCAUCCAUCAUCACCAGACAUAAACAAGACACCACUUUUCCCAAGGGAGAGCUACCAAGCUGCGCGCCAAACCAAGAUUGAAGAGAUGCUUCAAGAGUACUUGAGAAAUCAAGAAGAGAGUACAAAGAAGAUGGAGAGAAGAAUCGAUUUCAUCCAUGAGAGCCUUGGAAACAAAUCUGAAGUCCUAUUCAAGCAAGUGAUCAAGCUUGAUGAAGACAUUAAGAAGUUAAGAGAGGAUCAUGAUCGAUCUUUGAACCUAGUUAAGCUUGAUGUUGCUUCCAAAUAUCAAGAGUUGCUGAACAAGAGCAUGAGAAUUGAAGAUACUAGCUAUGGCAAUAGCAAACAUCUUGGUUCGAUCUACAACCGCCUACAAGCCCUUGAAGGAUCAUCUCAUGCCAAUUACAAGAGAGAGAGGAGUCCAACACCCAACCACCCUCCCUUUUAUUGCAAUGCCAUCACAAGAAGAAGCACUACUCAAGUCCAUGAGGACAAUGAAGAAGAAGAAAGAGAGUAUGAGGAACAAUUGAAUGAUGAAGAUGAAGAGCAGAGCAUCGACAUCAAUGCUUCCCCAAAACAGAGCAUGGAUACACCUAGCCCUAAGACCCUCGUUUCUCACCAACACCAAGAAGUCAAGCUUCUACACUUCCAAGACUAG